UAUUUAGCAUAUAAAUACUGUUAAUUUCUAUAAUUGAAUAUUAAUUAUUGUCAUUGUAAUAAUAGUAUUUUAAUAUCAAAUGAAUGAGAUAAUAGAGUGGCUAUAAGAGGUAACAAAGCUCAAUUAGUCACAUAUAUUUAUUUAUAGAUUUUAAAAAAUAAAACAAAAAAUAAAAACCCCCCCAAAAAAAAACCAUAAUUCUUGAAGCUGGUAACAAGCUUUCAGAUCUAUCUACUUGGAUUUAUUGAAGCUGGUUACAAGCUUCCAGAUCCUUCUUAUUCGAUUUUGACGUCAAAUAUGGCGACGAGAGGUACUAGAUCGGAAAAAGUGCGACGAAUUUUCAACCAAUUUGAUUCGAAUCAUGAUGGGGGUCUCAACAGAGAAGAAAUGGCAUCGCUUGUUGGUGCUGUAAACCCUAGGGUUAAAUUCAGCGAUGAACAAAUCAACGCUAUUUUAGAUGAGGUUUUCAGAACCUAUGCUGAAUUCAUCGAUGGUGAGAGGGGUCUAACCUAUGAGGGUCUUCUUCGUACCUAUGAUGAUGGUGCUGGUGAUGUUGAUAGAGAUUUUGAUGCUCUUGCUCUUGACAUUAAUGCUGCUGAUGAUGAGGAGGGUAGUAAGGCUCCUGUGCCGGUUUCGGAGGCUUCUUCGUCGUCGAUUGUUGAUGAGAGGAUGGCUGUUGAGUCACAGAAGAAGCAACGGACGGCUGCGUGGGCGGUGUCGCCGAAUCAUGGUAUUGUUUUUGAUGAUACGUGGAAAAUUGUUGAUGAUUUAGAGAUUUUGAUUAAGAGGUUGAAGUUAAAGCAAGCUAAAGAUGGGAAAGUGAAAGGUGAAAAUUUUGAUGCUUAUUCUGAUGCGGGUUGGUCGAGAGAAUUGGGACCUUCUACGGAGAUUUCGGAGAAGAGAGUGGUUUGGGAUGAAUCAGGACAUGAUUAUGGUGUUUUUGUGAAGGAAGUAGCUGGUUUGAGGAGUAGAGCUGAUAGUGCUAGAUCAAGAGAAGAAGCUUUUGAUGGACAAAUGGCAAUUGGUAGGGUUUUGUAUGAACAUCAAUUGUUUAAGGAAGCUUUGAUUAGUUUCAAGAGGGCUUGUGAAUUGCAACCUGUGGAUGUUAGGCCUCAUUUUAGAGCUGGUAAUUGUUAUUAUGUUCUUGGAAGGUAUAAGGAAGCUAAGGAAGAGUUUUUGUUGGCACUUGAAGCUGCUGAGGCUGGUGGAAAUCAAUGGGCUUAUUUGUUGCCACAGAUUUAUGUUAACCUUGGUAUUUCGUUGGAAGGGGAAGGUAUGGUUUUGAGUGCUUGUGAGUAUUAUAGGGAGGCUGCAAUUCUUUGUCCUACACAUUUUAGAGCUUUGAAACUCUUGGGUAGUGCUCUUUUUGGUGUUGGGGAAUAUAGAGCUGCCGUCAAGGCCCUUGAGGAGGCUAUUUUCAUGAAGCCCGAUUAUGCUGAUGCACAUUGUGAUUUGGCUUCGGCGUUGCAUGCUAUGGGUGAGGAUGAGAGGGCGAUUGAGGUUUUUCAGAAGGCUAUUGAUUUGAAACCGGGUCAUAUUGAUGCUCUUUAUAAUUUAGGUGGGUUGUAUAUGGACCUUGGUAGGUUCCAGAGGGCUUCUGAGAUGUAUACCAGAGUUUUGGCUGUGUGGCCGAAUCAUUGGCGGGCACAAUUGAACAAGGCGGUGUCGUUGCUAGGAGCUGGGGAGAACGAAGAAGCCAAAAGAGCUUUGAAGGAAGCAUUGAAAAUGACAAAUAGGGUUGAGUUGCACGACGCAAUAUCACAUUUGAAGCAGCUGCAGAAAAAGAAGAACAAACCUAAUGGGGCUAUUCCGGGAGAAUCGCCAUUUGUCAUAGUUGAACCUACCAAGUUUAAGACAGUUGGAGAAAAGACUACUGUGAGGCAGGAACUAGCUAGUGCUUUGCAAAUCAGAGCACUUCAGAAGGUUGCUAGGUUGAAUCGUUGCAAUGUUGAGCUGUUGAAGAAGGAAAUGAGUGAACGCGAUGUUCCAGUGUCCUAUUCUGGUAGCGGAGUGCCUGAAAAAUCCAUUCGGAAACCGAACUUGGAAGAAAUUCUUCGCAAACUGCUUAUUUUUCUGAAGCCAGACACUUUUCAAGGAGCUGUGAAAGCCAUAAAUGAGAGGAUUCUUUCGGUUUUGGAUGAAAACGGUUCAGGCAGGUUAGAUCUUGGAAUGUUCUAUGCUAUUCUUGCUCCCAUUUGUGGUGGUCCUUCGGAGAGACGUAAAAGGAUCGCCUUCGAUGCACUGUUGUGGCGUCCCAUGAAUGAAGGUGGUGCUAAUUUAAAGAAAGUUGAUGCCGUCAGAUACAUCAAGUUGUUAAGGGCUAUUUAUGUUCCUUCCCAUGGUUCUAGUGAAUUAAUGGAGCUUCACGGAGACGUAGACACUUCAAUGGUGUCUUUCUCUGAGUUUUUAGUUAUGUUUGAUGAUCCAGAUUGGGGUUUUGGUAUUAUGCCUAUCUUAGUGAAACUUGAAACAGGAGAUAGAAACCGACACGGCAAAACCAUGUGCUCGGUUUGCCGGUACCCGAUUAUUGGUUCACGUUUUAAGGAGAUAAAAUCUCAUUUUAAUUUGUGUAACCAAUGCUACAGUGAAGGAAAAGUGCCUUCUACAUUUAAGCAGGAAGAAUACAGAUUUAAGGAGUAUGGAAAUGAGAGUGAAACCAUGAAAGAUAAGUGUACGUGCUUUUAAGUAAUAAUGAAAAGUAGAUAGAGGAAUUCAAUCUUUUUUUUCUCUUCGGAUUUUUGUUUGAUUAUUAUCUUGUAUCAUUCUCCAAUCUUGUUAUUCUAGCUUUUCAGUGUGAAAUAUUUAGCUGGUGAGUUCAUUGUUUUAGGCUUUUAGCAACUGUUUAUAGUUAUCGUGAGACCUUUCACCUUUUUCGCGAUAAACAUUUGUGUUGAUUAUGAAUAUGAUCAUGCUUCUUUAUCCA